CUCUUUACUUUCAGACUGUUCCUUAAUAUGUCACAUAUCAUUAGAGCUAGAAGAAAUCAAAGCAAAGUUGAACACCUUGGAGAAGAUGAUGACUCUAACGCCUCACAGACGAUGAGCAUGACUGAUCAUGUGUGCACUGAUUCUUCCGAUCGUUAUGAUUCUGAUUAUUCCAAUCAGUACGAUACUGAGUACACCUAUAGCUCAGACGAUCAGUCUGACAAUGGCCCACAAACAGAAGUACAAGAACCAGCACAUUCCUACGUUGUGCCAAUAUUCCCUGAUAUGGAUAUGGAAGAAGUUCCUUGUUCAGGAUUUGAGAUCAAUUUCGACGAUCUUGAUCGCUUAAAUGACCUAUUUCAAAUGUGGCGUGAUGAGAAUGAGGGUAUCUCUAUACGUGAAGAGGAUUAUGAAGACUACUUUGAAGAUUGUAUGCAGCAUACUAUUGAUGAAAAUGGUGAUAUCUGUUUUCCAGUUAUGGUUAUUGAUCCUGAGACAGACACGCUCAUGGCAGAGAAAGAAUAUGCUGAGAAGCAGAAGGCUGCUAAAGAAACACCUACUCAGUGGCGAAGAGGUUCAUUCUCUCAAAAGAAAUACUCUUCUGCUCCUGUUAAUCAAAAGUGGGGUCAUAGUGGCUAUGAGGAGCUUCUUUCUGAGAAAGAUGACAGUAGAUGGCCUAAGGGUAACCAAAUGCACAAAUUUCAUUCCAGUGCCAAGUCUUCGUAUGGUAGCAACUGGAGUCGCAGCCGCGAUCAUGGUCGACCUUAUGACAGCAAUGACAGUCGUAGUAAGACCUUUUCAAGAUCACCUAGAUCUUCCCUUUCAACUUCUUCUGGCGGUUACCAAUCCGCUUGGGCUACUGUUACACCUGAUAAGCUGUUAGACUAUAGCCACAGUAACUUUAUUUCCCCCACUGCUCCAAAAGACACUGUUCCUGCUGAGUCUGCCGUCCAGCCUUCUUGUUUUUCUGCCAGUGUUUCUGUUCCUGCCAAUGCUAAUGCUGGUCCUACCUAUGUUGCUCCUACCAAUGCUGCUCCUGCCAUCAUUGUUCCUAAACAGCCUGCCCCAGUCACCGCUCUCACGUCCCCCAAGGAUGACUCUCUUGAAUGGGACAUUGAUGCCACUGUUGACUGGGCAACAGACUUAUUUGAACAAGAGGCGGCCCCAAAGGCAAUCAAGAUCAGGGACAGUGAUGAUGUCUUUGUCAUAAAAGACUUGCAAGACGGAACUCAUCCCCUGGAAACACUGGACGAAGGCGAGCAGAAUACCAAGUACGCCAUCUCGGCGGGCAUUGUUGACGAAGACGAAGCUGCCGUAAAACAAGACUACGAAGAGCUGUCCCAAGAAGCCAAGGGAUCAAGUGCUUGGCGAGGCUUUGCCUCCAGCUGCCAAUCUACCGCCCAGCCAAACUUGGACACUCAGCUUCCGGAGACGAGGCGCAGCUCACAGUCCUCGUUCAAGUGGUCAAGCGAUAAUGCCUCUCGCCGUGGCUCAGAAAAGUCUAUCCUGGCCAGGCAGAGCAACCAGGGCUCAAAACCCCCAAGGCCUAGCACCACUCAGCCUGAAAACGCAAGACGUGACUCCCAGUCUUCGUUCAAGUGGUCCAGUGGCAAUGUCUCUCGUCGGGAUUCUUCUGGUUCCGUCCAGACAAGACAAAGCCACACGCCAUCAAGAUCACCGCCAAGACCGGCCCCCUCCAGCAGUGCAUGGAACGCGUUUGCUUUGCAAGAAUCAAUGGCAAGCGGCAUUUUAGCGCACGUAAGCCCAAAGCGCCCACCAUCCAGCCAAGGAAAGCAAGGCUAUAACAGGACCACAUCAAGGUCUUCAAACCAAAGCUGGGGAAGCCGAACGCCUGUGACUGAUCGAAGAAGGGCUACAGAUACCGUCUCCCCUCAUAUCACCAACACCACUACCAAUGACAAGCAAGAGCAGCCAAGCUGGAAUAAUCAUGGCAAUACCUGGGAGUCUAAAAAGGAUCAAACUUCUAUUGCAAGCAAUCCUACGUGGAACAACUGUUCAGAACUAAAGCAAGGCACUCCAUCUGACGAAAAGCAAUAUGAAUGUGCAUCAAAUGGCUCUUCAGAUUCAUGGCCCAUGACUAAAGAACGAAGACACGAUCAUGGUGCUUGGGAAGAAGAUUAUGGCGCAAGCGACACUUGGAAGCAAGAAUCAGUCAAUACUAGCGCUUGGCAACUAGGAGAACCAAGUCAUGUUCAUGAUAGACAACAACAAGAAGUAAACAAUGACACUAGGCAACAAACACAACACAUAAACAAUAAAAACAUAUGGCAGCAAGCACAAGAAACAAGCAAUUAUACCCUGCGACAAGAGACUAACAAUAAUGAUACAAAUAACGCUUGGUCCAAUUCCUAUACGGAUGAUCAUUGGAGCAAACCCCAACAAGCCUCAAGGAACGAAAGCAGCAAAAAUUAUGUCCGCGAAACGCAAGCUACUAUCGAAGAAGCAUGGUCUGAAGAUAAAACGGAAGCAAGUCAUGAAAACGUUGGCUCUUCAUGGACACGAGAUAGCGAAGGUGGUUGGAAAGGAAGCCAAAGCCCGAUACAUCAGGAUUCUUGGAGACGCCGCUCAGGUUCACGACGCAACUCUCAUUGGAGGUCAAGAAGUUCAAGGGAACAAAUAUCAAACUAUAAUGAUAUUUAUAAUAACGAUCCUACACAAGACACAUGGGUCAAACAAUCAAACGAAAGCUUCCAUAAACCAAGGCAUGACACCAGCUGGACUGACUAUGCUAAACCAAGCCUGCCCACAGUCGAGCCAGCAACAAGGGAAGAAAGCAAUUGGAUAGAACAACAAGCAACGAUUAGCCAAGAAAAGAAACCAUUGACACUUACGCGUGGAUAUCUGAACAGAAAGAUAGCAGAAGAGAAGAGCACAGAAAGAAUCGAAGAAAGAUCGCCCUCUGUUCACCACGAUGAUUCGGACGUUGAAGUGAUAUUAGACGAUGAGAACCAUUCAGAUUGGAUUGAAAACAACACCAUCCUUGGUAUUCAGCCACCUGAAACAGCAAGACCCCAAACAUCAACCAGAAAAGAAAACACGAAUCCUUAUGGAUAUGGCCAAUAUAUGCCAAUGUUAUACCCAUCUCCCGGGCCAAAUGGUAUCGAUAUGAUGUACAUGCCAGUGAUGCACUAUGGACCCAAUGGUCAACCGAUGUAUGCCAUGCCAUACCCUUAUUACCCACCGACCAAUAUACCAGAGGAUAACAGAGAAGGCGGUUCAAGUAAUGCCUAUCAAGCUAAUGGCAUGAUGUACUAUGGUAUGUAUCCGCCCAUGUACUGUUAUCCCCAAGCUAGAGAAGAAGGAUGGGGACCUUCUAAAUAAAAAAAAAAAAAAAAAAAA